AUGCGAGGAGGAUUAUGAAUUCAAUGAAAAAGAUACACAGUGCACCAAAAUUAAAAAAGAGGACCAAAUCAGGAGGUCUAACAGGUCUAGAUCUGGGUCUGCAUCUUAUUUCUCCCGAACCGUCGAUAUAUUCCUUGGCCCAGUCGGAUUUUCUUUAGUUUUCCUGAUUUCCCUUGGAUCUUUCAUCAUUUAUUUCAACAUAAAAAAUAGUCAGAACAGAGAAGGGUCAGCUGAGGAAUCACCCCAUGAUAACAGUUGUGAAGAGUACAGUAUGGGAUCAGCAUAUUCAAGAGCCCCCACACCCCCCGCUAUGUACAGUACGGCUAACACUGUUCUGGGUCCAACAGAGAGGGAUGAGAAAACUGACUUAAAUAAGGCUCUACAGAAACUGGAUUCUAGUAAACCAGAUAUUAUCCCUGAUGAUGAAGACAAUAAUAAAACUCAGGGAGAAAAUGAGUUUGAUCCGAGCUCCAGUAGCAGUUCUGAGUCUGGCAAUGAUGAACAAUUGGCUCCAUUUCAAAAUAAAGACCAAGAUCAAGAUCUCGCUCAAUCUCAGGAUAUCUCUCAAACUCAAGAUCUCGCUCAAUCUCAGGAUAUAUCUCAAACUCAAGAUCAAAAUCAAGACAAUACUGGAAACACAUCAGAACCCAACGCAGAAGUUUUGUUGGCAGUGGAUAAUCUUCAAACUAAACAAUCAGAACAUUCAAAUUUAUCAGAUGGUUACCAACAUUGCAUGAAAGCAUUUUUCAAUAAUCUAGCCGAAUCUGGAGAUGAAUCUGAGAACUUCACAGAAAACAGGGCAGAUUUCAGGGUGAAAAAGAUUCCUGUAAUUGACGAGGAGUCAAGUUUGGAAAUAUCUGAAAUUUAUGUUCAAAGACAAAACAAGUACAUUGUGGAGAGAACAGGCUCACUUUCUUUUCCGAAAAGUUCACCAGAUUGUCCAGUUGAAAACUACACGGGAAUAAUUGAUGAUAUUUUCUCACCAAUUUUCCAGGAUACAAUUCACACCAAACAAGAUGAAGAAGAAGAUGAUCCAGCAUUUAAAGCUGAUGCAACAGGAAAAGAAAUUGCUGAUUGCAAAAAAGCUGACAGGCCUUUCAGCAAUGAUGAUGAUUCAACAGUUCCUGGAGUUAGUGAAAAUAAAGCAGCUGAGAAUUCUCAAACCCCAGAUGAAGUAGCAGUUGCUGAAAGAGCAGAUGGAGCACCAGGAGUUGAAAGAGCAGAUGGAGCACCAGGAGUUGAAAGAGCAGAUGAAGAAGCAGUUGCUGGUAGAGUAGAUGGAGCAGCAGGAGUUGAAAGAACAGAUGAAGAAGCAGUUGCGAAUAGAGUAAAUGGAGCAGCAGGAGUUGAAAGAGCAGAUGAAGUUGAAGGAGGUGAAAGAGCUAAAGAAGCAUCAGGAGUUGAGAAAGCUGAGAUACAAGAUACCUUAAAUCCUACAGAUAAAAUAGAAGAUAUACACUUUAUACAGGGUGAAGCUAAAAAAGAGGAGGUAAUUUCUGAUGAAAAGUUGUCUCUAAUAUUCAAGGAAGAUCUGGAUGGUUACAUAAACGAUGCAUUCAUUCUCGAAUAAAGCAAAUUUUUAUUUAUAAAUAAAUAUUUGAUUCAUACUUUUAUUUUACUGAAUAAACACUUAUCUUUAAUAACAACAAUUAUUUGCUAUAAAACAUUUUUUUUUC